GUCCGUUUCGCGACAUCGACAUUCGACGAAAUUCACACCCAGCGACACCUCUCGAUCUCCACCUCCUCCCCGUCCUCACGCCGCAAUGUCGAACAAGACCAAGGAACAGAAGCCCGCCAAGGGCGGCCGUUCCGCCAUCGAUGAUGUCGUCGCGCGUGAAUACACCAUCCACCUCCACAAGAGGGUUCACGGUGUCAGCUUCAAGAAGAGAGCUCCUCGUGCCAUCAAGGAGAUCCGCUUCUUCGCUGAGAAGGCUAUGGGCACAUCCGACGUCCGCCUCGACCCUCAAUUGAACAAGAAGGUCUGGGAGUCCGGCAUCAAGGGCGUUCCUUUCCGCCUCCGUGUCCGCAUCAGCCGUAAGCGUAACGACGAGGAGGGUGCCAAGGAGAAGCUUUACUCCUACGUGCAGGCUGUAAACGUCAAGAACCCCAAGGGUCUUCAGACUACCGUCGUUGACGAGGCCGCCACCGCUUAAAUUUCCACUCUGAACAAGAAAGGCAAAACGCAAAGGCUUGGUUGAAAGCCAAUAAAUGGUGGACAGCCCAGUAUUGGAACAGUGCAGAGGCACGCAAUAAGGCGUUACACGGCGGCGGGAAUACUCUCUAGCAACGAUACCACAGAGUGGUGCGCGCAUGAUCGCGCGGCUGGGGCGUGUAGCGGUUUUUAGCGUUACGAUUGAAAGUACGUCUUCAUGACUGUCGAAUUGAGAAAGCUCACUGUCCAUCACUGUCGGUCCUUCGUUCCCGGAUCCAGCCUUUAAUUUUCAAAGGUCAUGCUCAUGGCCAAGAUCAUCUAUCGUAGAAGCUUCACUUCCCCGUCUUAGCCCUGGCUCUGCUUCGUAUCCAUCUCUGAAAGGAGUUCCCUUUUGGCCCUACGCGUUUGCACAGACCGUUGGAGUAGAAUACCAACAUAGAAUGCCUCAAAUUUGGUCCUCCAUACAUCACUGACCAAGGAUACGCCAAUCAGCAUGACCAUGUUCGCAAGAGGUUGCAGCAAUGCUCACAAAGC